GUGCCGCCCGCAGCUGCCCCGCACUUUUCUCCGCCCUCCACGCGCCGCUUUUCCUGCCGAUCAGUGGCAUCCCAACCCCUUUCUUCAGUGGCCCGGCUAUCUGAUUGGACGGAGGCCCUUCGGCAGCCGAGGAGGGCUGGAGGACAAGGUUCAGGAGGAGGAAGGACAGCUCCCGGGCUCGCCAGCGGCCAGGAGGAAAAGCCCGCGGCCCGCGCGCUCCGGAGCAUUGGCUGGAGGUGUCCAGGAAAAGGCGACUUUGCACGUUUGCAUCGACCCGUCAUUGCUGGGGGAACAGGAACUCCAAAAGCAGCAGCCAGCCAGCGCGGGGAAAGGCCAUGGGGCCCUCGGAAGAGGAGCUCCGGGCGCGCCUGGAGCGCGUCGGCCAGGCUCACCUGCUGCGCUUUUGGGCCGAGCUGGAACCGGCCCAGCGGGACUCUCUCCGGCAGACGCUGGUGCAGCUGGACGCCCGAGAGUUGGGCGAGCAUUGCAAGCUGGCGGCGGAGGCCUGCGCGCGGGAGCAAGGCGGGUCUGGCCAGGGAAGGCUGGACGGCAAUUUGGAGCCCAUCCCUGCCCAGUUCUUGGGCGGCGUCAGCAGGAGCGACGCGGCGACGCUGGAGAGGUGGGAGGAGGAAGGGCUCCGUCAGAUCUCUCAGGACAAGGUGGCCAUGCUCCUUCUGGCUGGGGGACAAGGAACACGCCUGGGGGUGCCUUAUCCCAAGGGCAUGUAUGAUGUGGGGCUGCCCAGCCACAAGACUCUUUAUCAGAUCCAGGCGGAGAGGAUCCGCAAAGUGGAGCAGCUGGCUGGCAGACGUUUUGGCACGCAGUGCGCCAUCCCAUGGUAUAUUAUGACAAGCGAGUUCACACUGGGGCCAACUGAGAAGUUCUUCCAGGAGCAUAAUUAUUUUAACUUGAAGAAGUCAAACGUCGUCAUGUUUGAGCAGAGGAUGCUUCCUGCUGUCACGUUUGAUGGGAAGGCCAUCCUGGAAGAGAAGGGCAAACUUGCCAUGGCUCCAGAUGGCAAUGGUGGUUUGUACCGUGCUCUGGUGGACAACAAGAUCCUGGAGGAUAUGGAUCGGCGUGGCAUUCGGUACAUCCAUGUUUAUUGUGUGGACAACAUCCUUGUCAAAAUGGCAGAUCCAGUCUUCAUUGGCUUCUGUGUGUCUAAAGGGGCCGAUUGUGGUGCUAAGGUAGUGGAGAAAGCAUACCCCACAGAGCCUGUUGGGGUAGUGUGUCGUGUGGAUGGAAUAUGCCAGGUAGUGGAAUACAGUGAGAUCACCUUGGAAACUGCACAGAUGCGGAACCCAGAUGGUCGGUUGACAUACAGCUCCGGUAAUAUCUGCAAUCACUUCUUCACCCUUGGCUUCCUCCAGGAGAUAGCAGAGAAAUUCGAACCCCAGCUGAAGCAUCAUGUGGCUAUCAAGAAGGUGCCGUUUGUGGAUGAGAAGGGCAAUCUGGUAAAGCCUCUAAAACCCAACGGGAUAAAGCUGGAGAAGUUUGUGUUUGAUGUGUUCCAGUUUUCUAAAAAUUUUGUGGCCUUUGAAGUUCCAAGAGAAGAUGAAUUCUCUCCACUGAAAAAUGCAGACACUGCCAACAAAGAUACGCCCACCACGACACGGCAGGCACUCCUGUUCCAACACUACCGCUGGGCUGUGAAGGCUGGAGCAACAUUUGUUGAAGCCAAUGGUCAAAGAAUACCUGAGAAAUACAGUUUAUCAGAAGAUGAAGAGUCACCUGUUGUGUGUGAAAUUUCACCUCUAGUCUCUUACUUUGGGGAGGGUCUAGAUGCAUACUUGAAAGCAAAAAUUCUUCAGUCACCUUUUCUUCUGGAUGAAGAUGUAGAGAAAUUCAUAGCACAGCAUGAAUGAAGGAGACCUCUCUCAGGAGAUAAACUCUGGCAACUAGCCUUUUCUGGGAAAUUCUUUAUUUUUGAGUUUCUUUCAUAUACUUUUUUUGUCUUAUGGAAGCAAGUGAUUUGAUGGUCCAACAUGACUGGCAUUCAUCCUGCCACCACACAAUCACUGAGCAAGCAUUUUACUGCUGCUCUGCCUGAACAGAAUUUUUUCUUUCCUUAAACCUUGAAGCUAGGUAGUAGCAUGCCAUAUUCUUUCUGGGUCUUUUGAAACGUGACUUUUGUCCUGAAGAUGCUACAUGUGCUAGAGAGGGAGGAAGGGGGUGGGGCAGGGGGAGAAAUACUUGUGCCUACUAUUUCUUAAAGAUUUUUCAAAGUAGGGCUGACACUUGAGCCUUUUAAAAAACACACAUCAAAAACAGCAGCUUGAUGUCAGCAGUGGUAAAAUUAAAAAAUGCAGUGAUGGGGAUUAAAGACCUGACAGUUCAUUAUAGGGCUUUUCUUCUCUGCGGACUGUUGCAACCAUAUGGGUACAGAGGAUUUGGUGCCUUUUCCAAAUCUUUAUCCAGUUCAUCUCCAUGUUGGUCUAAUUUGUAUACUUUUAACAGUCUGGGCAUAUUUGCAUGGUUGCAUGUAGCUUAAUUUAUUCUAUACUUUUUUGUGUAAGUAUGUUUUUGUUUCUGUAAACAGCCUGAAACCAUCCCAGCUGUUUAAAAUAUGAAUCUGUCUCUUUUCCAGCUUCUGAGAUUUCAGUAGGCACAGCUGCCACAUUUUAACUGUAUUUUCCUAGCUAUACUUUUUUAACAUGAACAAAAAAUGAAAGGUGAGACAUAAAAACGGCUAAACAAAUUCUGCAUCCUCUGUUAUUUUCAGAGUACUGUCUUCUGCACGUGAAAAGCAAUAGCAAUAUAUGUUUCCCCUGUGCUGACACAGAUAUGUGUGCUUUGAUUCUUGGAAGAGAGUCGAUACAUGAAGAUUUAUUUGUAAUACAUUUUCAGGUCCUUCACAUUUUUUGAAAUAUCAAAAACUUGUUUAUAUACAUUUUUAAUUUCUUAUAUAGUGUAGAAACUAAAUUUUGUAUGAGUGAUGGGAGAUUUCCCAUGGCCUGAAUGGUAUUUUAAUUUUGAAAAUGGGUACACCUGGGUUUUUCAGGAGGGAUAUUAUUAUUUAGAGCGAGGAUAAAAAGGAGGCUGUUCUGGAUUUUCUGCUGUAUUAAAUUGCAGUGAUUAGAGAUUACAUGGAUGUUACUUCAGUAUUGGCAUAUCUUUGAUUAUUGUGAAUGAAUAAAGGCACUUGCUGUCCACAAGGGUGAAACAAGAAUGCAAAAGGUUCCUGCCCUUACCUUUUCAUGAAGAAUAAGAUGCUGUAGGAGACAUUCAUGUUGAAACAGCCAUCCUCUUAACCCUGUACUUGGGCCACAUGAUGCUUCAGAUAUGCAAUCUGGGCUUUACCAGUUGUAUGGCACAAGACCAUCAACGGAGAUGCAACCAUGUUUUCUUGUACCUGGAGAGGAAGGAGUGUGAUGAAUACUUGAAGUAGUUUCAGCUUGUUUAUUUUCUUAAACUUUAUAAAACAAGUGAUGGAUGAUGAGGGAACGCAAGCAUGUAAAGCUUUGGGAAACCCAGCUAUCCUGUUUUCCUAAACCCAGUACAUCUUGUAUUGCCAUCAUCUUGUAUAGUCAUCUGGCAAGAAUGACGAAACAGUUCAGGGGGUUUAAAUUCACAUGCCCAACAACUACAUCUUGGAUUAUGGGGAUUAUUGGGAUUAUGGAGACAGCUGAGUUGUUGGGCUGUCUUUUGGUUCUGGAUAUUUCAUACCUGGAGUCUCAUCCUUUGUGUGUUCUUAUGCAGGAAAUCAGGCCCACUGGAUUCAAUUAACCUUUUUCCUGGGUGAGUGUGUAUGCGUGUAUGCAUGUGGAAGUACGGUGACUGUAACUAUACAAAAGAUGACAGCAUAAAUGUCAUAAUACAUUCUUUGUGGAAAUAAAAUUUUAAAAAAGCAA